AUGGCCUCACUCCCUACGACUACUCAAUCCCCCGACCUCCCCAUAAAGCCUCCAACAAGAUCUUCGACGGAGCCACCAACCGAGUCACCCGAGGCCGUGGCGCGGGAAAUCCUCCCUCUCUCCACUCGGGGUACCCGACCCAUUAGUUCUAUCAGCACGAACAUGGCGUAUGAACACGCAGAGAAUGCAAACAGGGUCAAGGUAUUGGGAAACAUCUCCUUCAUGAUGUCCCCAGGUGGCCCAGAAGACGCGAGAACACAUGUUGUUGGAGUCAUCGGUCGCAUAGACCGGGAGGGUAUCCACGCAGUCAUCACGUCGGGCAACGCACGUCGUGAAGAUAUAGAUGGCAACCAAAGCUCGCUCAGUCUCAUCGCAGCAUCUGAUCAGAGGGGCGCCGAUCUGUUGGACAGCUGGGACCAACCCUUUAGGGAAUUCGACGACUAUGAUGCCUACGUGGUUGACGCGACCUCUGUCAUCCAGCAUUUCUGUGCCGGUGUCUCCGAUCCCACCAUCCAUUCCUGGAAGGCGUUCAUGUUCAUCAUCAGCCGCUGCUACCACAAGUUGCUUGCCCGCCUGGAGAAUGGCGACAAAGUCUGGGGUGGGCCGAACGGUACUGAGCACGACCAUCCGGCGAGUUACAUCUAUCGAGCGUACAACGAAGGACCAGCGCCAUUGGUCUCGGAGGCGUAUUUCGAACUCAAACUGCCCCCUCCUCUCAUUCAGAAGACCCUCAUUCAGCGGUGGGGCCUUGAGCCAUCUUCCUCCGCACCAAGCUCAGCCUCACACUCACCUGGCAACGCCGCUGCAGCUGAGCGCCGACAUUUCAGGGUCUCGAACGACAAUGCGCCACGAUGGUCGCAAGUAGUCCACGAUGUGGUGCAGGAUAUCAGGCAGUUCCUUCAUGCGAUGGUCACUAGGCAAACCCCAUACGAGCCCAAAGACUACGUCACGUUGUACGACUCCAUGUCGGUUUUGAAGGUGUUGUUAUCGGCAGGCGUCGUGGCGCAUCUCAUCACCGCGAACAUGGGGGUUCGCUUGUCCACUUCACGCGACGCAGGGCCGAAAGGUCUAGAUCUCCGCAGCAUUCUCGAGCCGAUCAAGGAUGCCUCGAAACAGCUCGACAAGGAAUCGGACCAGCUCGAUAUCAAUGAUAUAUUUUCUAAACUGUCCCAAGAAACCAACCCCGAUGAACCUACGGACACGGAGGCCAGUGACGGGGACGACACGGACGACGACGAUGACUGUGAUUCUGGUCUGGCGGAUGCACGUAUCGAGCGGGGGGAAACACCGACAUCCCACGUCAUCAGACACUUCAAGACGUUAGUGGCUCCCCUCAACACCCUCAACACCCUGCGUCGACUGCGCAGGGCGCAUUCAGCCGCAGUGAAAGUCUACCAUUACAAGGGUGCCGCCCUCGCGUCGACCGGGUCACCGGCUGUAUUCAAGGACGUUUUGGAGGCAGCACAGAAGAUCGGCUUGAGCGUACCUAAACAAUCGCGCUUCAGUGAGGUGCUGGAACACCCCGAGAACGCGAAGCUCAAUGGCGCACUGCACGCUGAGGCAGAGCUCUUGACCCUCGCCUGGUCUGUCCGCGCACAGCCUGAAGCUGUCAAGAGACUGUUCAGUGACGCCUUCCCCGACCUGGAAAACAUCUCCGAGGGCGACGCAAUCCCGAUGGGAGUAUGCAAGAAACCCUGCUACUGCUGCUUCCUCCUCGCACAGAAGCUCGCCUCGACGGCACUCACGGGAAACAAUGCCGUCAAGUUCAUCCUUCCCGGGACUCAUGCGACAGUCUAUCCCUGGGUUCCCCCCGACGGUCUACCGUUGGCGGUCCUCCAGAGUAUCAGGGGUGACCUGAAGGUGGUUCUGACGCAAGCUAUCAACGAGGCUCUACGGACGACCGGCUCGGCGCAGAGCUCGCCAUUCAGCGAUGACUCUGAAUUAUACGACCUGUCAGAUAUUGCAACAGACGACGUACUGAAGCAGACCGCAGCCGAAGCUGAGGCUCGCAGGACAAGAGAUCUGAUGGGAUCGUAG